AUGGCGCCGUCUUACGGUCUCCCUUCAAAUACUAGAGACUCUCUGGAACUCGCAUCCCUGGCCAGCUCGAGCCAACUCAAUGAUGAGGGAGCUACAGAAAUCUCGUCCCGGCCGAGCAUAUCAUCAUCGCGAAGACUGUCGCUCGAGCUUGAUGACCCUUUGAACAGCGCCAAUCCUGCAAGCAGGAUGAACCGAUCGUACUCAGUGUCGUCGGCCUUUGACUUCUCUGCCAAUAUGUUCCCUUUGAGCUCGACCGCGGGCGCUGAAGGAUAUGCCCCCAUUGGAGCGCCAACUUCAAGGGCAAGACCGAGCGGUGGCUUGGGAGGAGGAUCGUUGGAGAAGCACAAGACCUUGACAUACUUGAAUGGCCUGUCGCUGAUCGUUGGACUCAUUAUCGGCUCGGGCAUUUUCUCAUCGCCAGGUGCUGUGAGUACAAGGGUUGGCUCGCCUGGUGCUGCAAUCCUUGUAUGGAUUAUCGCAGGUAUUCUCGCAUGGACAGGUGCUGCAUCAUAUGCUGAACUCGGUGGCGCAAUCCCACUCAACGGUGGCGCUCAGGUGUACUUGGCAAAGACGUUUGGCGAGGUAUUAGGCUUCCUGUUUACUUGGGUGGCUAUGCUGGUCCUCAAGCCAGGAAGCGCUGCUAUUAUUGCCAUCAUCAUGGGAGAAUACUUCGUCAGAGCCUUUAUUGGCCCUGAUGCUGAGCACGUAAGCCCCUGGAUCAACAAGGCUGUUGCGCUCGUAGGUCUCUUCAUCGUAACGUUUCUGAACUGUGUCUCCACCAAGCUGGGAACACGUGUGAACGAUACACUCAUGUUUAUGAAGUUUAUUGCCUUACUGGGCGUCACCGUUACCGGUGUUGUUGUUGCCAUCACUGGGAAAACCCUCAAGGGCAAGUCAGAAGUUGAUUGGAAGCCACACCAGCUGUUUGACAACACGUCGACAGACAUGUCUGCUUGGGCUCUAGCACUUUAUGCUGGCCUUUGGGCUUACGAUGGCUGGGACAACACAAACUAUGUUGUUGGCGAGUUCCGAAACCCUACUCGAGACUUACCUCGAGUCAUUCAUACAGCCAUGCCACUGGUUAUUCUCUGCUAUGUGUUGGCCAACAUUGCCUACUUCCUCGUUCUGCCUCUCGAGAGCAUGGAUGGCUCCAACACAGUUGCUGUCAUGUUUGGUAACCGAGUUUUUGGUUCCGCGGGUUCACUCAUUCUCGCACUCAUCGUCAGUGCCAGUUGCUUUGGUGCCCUCAACUCUUCGACCUUCACGUCCAGCCGUCUAGCAUACGUUGCUGGCAAGGAGGGUUACAUCCCUGCCAUCUUUGGCACCAUCGGUGUCGGAGGCAAUGCACACGACAAUGAGCUCAACACUCAGCGUACGCGAAGCUGGUUCUCUCGUAAGAUGCGUCAAAUGUUUGGCGAUGAGGACGCGGGACUAUUUUACACCCCUGUGUAUGCACUCAUCCUCAACCUUGUUCUUACCAUAGCAUACGUGGUUGUCGGUGAGUUUAGCACUCUCGUAACCUUCUACGGUGUCGCGGGCUAUACCUUCUACUUCCUCACGGUCCUUGGCCUGAUUAUCUUGCGUGUGCGUGAGCCUCAGCUUGAGCGUCCCUACAAGACGUGGAUCACCACACCCAUUAUUUUCUGUUGUGUGAGUCUAUUCCUCCUUAGCCGCGCUGUCUUUGCACAGCCCUUCCAGACUAUGGCCGUCGUGUUCUUUGUGGUCGCGGGUGUUCCAGUUUAUUUCUGGCGCAUCAAGGGGCGAGAUGAGCAGGUCUUGCGGAGGAUGGGCCAGCCUGGCGUGCAAAAGAAGUGGUGGCAGUUUUGGAAAUGA